AAGCACAGGGAACCAUAAUUUCUUUCAAUAAUUUGUUAAUAACAAUUAAGUUAAAUUAUUAUUGAAUUAUUUUGUUUCUUAUGAUGGCACAGUAUUGAUUUUCAUCGAUAGUAAGGUUGUUAAAGUAGCUUGGAGUCAGAUAAAAAAUAAUUUAGUCGAAAAGUGCUAGUUUAACACAUUUUUUCUUACAUAUUUUUGCACCAACACAAAAAAUCAAAAUUUGGCUCUCACAGUUCUCUUCAGAAUUUAUUUCCGAGUAUUUCUGUCCAAGAAACAUUAAAAUCGGUUAAGAAAUACGACCUGUAGCCUAUUUUGAACAAGUGUUAGUCCGUUUCAGACCACUGUGCGACGGCGACGACGACGCCGGCAACUCCGGCGAUGAUGCCGGUGACGGUGACGACGGCAACGGCGGUGACGACGCCGGCGACGACGCCAAGCGUCUUCACAUUAAAUUCAAAUGAAUUAAGUACAAUAAUUGCAAACGCAAUAAGAGCCUCGAGACGAGGUGGAAGAGGAAGGGGACGAGGUGGAAGGGGAAGAGGAAGAGGACGAGGUGGAAGAGGAAGAGGACAAG